AUGAGUUUGACUGCCAAUAAAUUGAAUAUUUUGUAUUCUAAAUUAACAAGAGUUAGUGGUUUACUUUCACAGAAUAAAUUUUAUUGUUCAGAUGGAAAAAAAAAUUCAUCUUCGACUGGUAAAGGGUUUUUAUCCAAGAUACUUCAUGGGCAACCUGUAGAUCAUGAUGGAAUGAGCCAACAAAGUCAUUCAUCUUUAUUAAGUGAUAAUGAUAAAAUCUAUGAAAUUGUUUUUCAUAGAACAAAAUGUGGUGAAAUGGAUAAUUAUAUGAAGGCGUAUCAAAAUUAUGUAAAAGUUACAGAAAAAUUUAAUCCGAAUGUUGAAUUAAUUGGUUCAUGGAAUAUAAUAUAUGGUGAUCAAGAUCAGGCUGUUCAUUUAUGGAAAUAUGAUGCUGGUUUUGAAGAUGUUGAUAAAAUAGUAGAUGCAAGUGUUCAUAAUACAGAAUUUAAAAAUGCUUCAAGUGAGGUUGGAAAAUUGUGUAGUAGAAGAAAGGCUAUUUUAACAAAAGCUUUUAGUUAUUGGGGUGAUCCUAAACCUAGAGAAGGUAAUCAUGUUUAUGAUAUGAGAAGAUAUAUUCUUAAACCUGGUACUGUUCUUGAAUGGGGUAAUGCUUGGGCUAAAGGAAUUACAUAUAGAAGAGAUUUUAAUCAAGAUGUUGGUGGCUUUUUUGCACAAGUUGGACAACUAUAUGUAGUUUAUCAUUUCUGGGCUUAUAAAGGAAUGGCUGGCCGUAAUGAUAUUAGAAAGAAAACUUGGUCUAAACCAGGUUGGGACCAGACUGUGUCGUAUACAGUACCAUUGUUGAAAGAAAUGAAAUCACAAAUAAUGGUGCCAACUGAAUUAUCCAAACUUAAAUAG